CCCCCUCCCCUGCCUCCCUCCCCGCGCGCCGCCCGCCCCGCCGGCCCCGCUCGCCCUCGCGCGCUCGGAAGGGAGUCGCGAGACGUCGGAGCGGCGGCCACGUAGCGCUGCGGCGGCGGCGGCGGCGGCGGCCGAGGCCGGGUUUGCGGAGCGGCCCUGAGGACGGACGUUGGGCAGGGGGGAGGGGCCGGCCCGGCCGGCGGUUGUUACUCGAGCACCGCGGCUACAGGGCCCCGCCGCAGGAUGGACCGCCGAGGCGGCGGUCGGGGCGGCGGAGGCGGAGGCGGCCGGCCCGGGAGGUUUCAGAUCAGCAGCCCCUACUCGAGGGAGACAGCACCUACUGUCUGCAACUGUGGCCUCAAGAUCUGAUGCGUGACGCCCAGAGCUGUUUCCAUUUCUGCUCUCAGUAUGGGAAGCCACCUUGUAGUGUGAUAAGAUGCUCCAAGUCACUUGCAGCUGAUCUUCAAACGAAAAAUCACUAGCUCUGCUCUUGCCAUAACACCAAACCUUUGACUUACGCUUUGGUGCUGCAUCACUGGGAGAAUUGCUCACGGGUUCCAGGAAGACCUUUUUUUUUUUUUUUUUUUAAAUUUGAGUGAUUCUUUGUGGAUGGAAAAAGAUUUGAGUCUUGAUAAUUAUGCUGUUUUAAAGCUAUUUCUUUAUAGUCUGAACUCUUUCAUAAAUCGGGCCACUUACCAAUGAGCCACACAGCCGGCUCCUGUCAGGAGCUGGUUGAAAACUGUGCUGCGCAUGUGGCAGGGAUGGCGCAGGAAGACGGCCGUCGUGCGCAGGUGCCGUCUACCUUCUAUCAUGGUGCCAACCAAGAACUGGACCUGUCCACCAAAGUGUACAAGAGGGAGUCGGGAAGUCCUUACUCCGUGUUAGUGGACACCAAGGCGAGCAAACCGCAUCUCCACGAGACAGAGGAACAGCCGUAUUUCAGGGAGACCAGAGCCGGCUCCGACGUGCAUGCUGUCAAAGAAGACCGGGAGAAUUCUGAUGACAUGGAGGAGGAGGAGGAGGUCUCCUACAAAAGGGAGCAGAUCAUCGUGGAGGUAAACCUUAAUAAUCAAACGUUAAAUGUGUCUAAAGGGGAGAAGGGUGUCUCUUCUCAGUCCAAAGAGACUCCUGUCGUUAAGACGAGCAGCGAGGAGGACGACGACGAGAGUGAGGAGGAGGCCACGGACAACAGCAGUGACUAUGGGGAGAACGCGAGGCAGAAGAAAAAGGAGAAGGCCGCGGAGAACGUCGGCGUCGCGCAGAGGAGGACGAGGAGGGCUGCCUCUGUGGCCGCAGCGCCCGCUUCCCCUGCUCCCAGAGCUACCCGCGGUCGCAGGAAGAGUGUAGAGCCGCCGAAGCGGAAGAAGCGGGCCGCCAAGGAGCCCAGAGCCUCGGCCCAGAAAGCUAAGUGUGACGAGAAGGAGACUCUGACCUGUGAGAAGUGCCCCAGGGUGUUUAAUACGCGCUGGUACCUGGAGAAGCACAUGAACGUUACUCACAGGCGCAUGCAGAUUUGUGAUAAGUGUGGCAAGAAGUUUGUCCUGGAAAGUGAGCUGUCCCUUCACCAGCAAACAGACUGUGAGAAAAAUAUCCAGUGUGUUUCCUGUAACAAGUCAUUCAAGAAGCUCUGGUCCCUUCAUGAACAUAUCAAGAUCGUCCAUGGAUAUGCAGAAAAGAAAUUCUCCUGUGAGAUCUGUGAGAAGAAAUUCUACACCAUGGCUCACGUGAGGAAACACAUGGUCGCGCACACGAAAGACAUGCCUUUUACAUGUGAAACCUGUGGGAAAUCGUUCAAACGCAGUAUGUCACUCAAGGUGCACUCCUUGCAGCAUUCUGGAGAGAAGCCCUUCAGAUGUGAGAACUGCGACGAGCGGUUCCAGUACAAGUACCAGCUGCGCUCCCACAUGAGCAUCCACAUCGGGCACAAGCAGUUCAUGUGCCAGUGGUGCGGCAAGGACUUCAACAUGAAGCAGUACUUCGACGAGCACAUGAAGACGCACACUGGAGAGAAACCCUUUAUCUGUGAAAUCUGUGGCAAGAGCUUCACCAGCCGCCCCAACAUGAAGAGGCACCGCAGAACUCACACAGGCGAGAAGCCCUACCCGUGCGAUGUGUGCGGCCAGCGGUUCCGCUUCUCCAACAUGCUGAAGGCCCACAAGGAGAAGUGCUUUCGGGUGACCAGCCCCGUGAACGUGCCGCCUGCUGUCCAGAUCCCACUGACGACUUCCCCCGCCGCCCCCGUUCCUUCCGUGGUGAACACACCCACAACCCCAGCCCCUCCCAUCAACAUGAACCCUGUCACCGCUCUCCCCCCGCGGCCCAUCCCCCACCCGUUCUCACACCUGCACAUCCACCCCCACCCGCACCACCCGCACCACCUCCCCAUCCCGCCCGUCCCUCACCUGCCCCCCCCUCCCGCUCUCUUCAAGAGCGAGCCUUUAAACCACCGCGGCCAGGGCCAGGGCGAGGACUCCUUCCUGCGGCACCUGGCCGAGAAGAACAGCGCGGCGCAGCACCACUAACACCGUCUCCAGGGCGUGCUCCACGCUGGCGCCCACAGGCAGCUGGCGAGCGGGGGGCAUGGCUGCCCUGUCUGCUCAGCCCGCCAGGAGCUCGUCACUGUCUUGGUGAAUCAGCACAUCGAGGGGACAAACAGGAGCACCUGGAGUCCUGGAGGGGCCCGUCAUCCGAACCAGGGGAGCCACCACACUGAAGCCCACUGAGCUUGCAUUUUCUGGUGACUUUUAUAAAUGUCAGACACUCGGACUGUGGAAUUUUAUAAUUUCAUAUCAGCUGAUGAGGUAUGCUUGCUUUUUUACCCCGGACGUCUCCUCCAAGAGGGGACAGGCCUGGUUUCCUUUGUACUAAUCGGGAAGACUGUGAGGUUAAUCCAGAGCAUUAAUUGUAUCACUGUGUAUCGUAAUGAAUUCUUUUCAGCUUUUGGUGCUGGCUGCCCAGUUGAGCUAGCCACGUUUUCACAGUAUAUCAAGCAUUAUAGAGAAAGAUGGAAAUUUUCUUCUUUGUGUAGCUCUCCUAACACACUCUUUAUUUUACUACAGAAAUUAAUUUAGUUUUUGUAUGGACUUCUCUAGUAGUCUGUUUCUAAAAUGAAAUGUAUUUCAAUAAGCGGUGUAAUUUUUUCAGUGUCGCUGGACCUAUGGUGUAAAAUAGAAAAAAAUUUAUAAUCAUCCAAAUGUGAUUCUUAAAGAUGCAUAUAACUUCUAUAGUUCAAAGUUACUGUUCUUACAUCCGUACAACUCAAGGUGCUUCAGAGGCCAGUUGUGUGAGAGGGUCUCCAGACCGCGCCACUGCAGAAGCGGGGUCUUGCUUUCAGACUUGGCGUCAGUCCUGGGUAGAUUUAAUCUCUGCUGAAUACGCGGUGUCUCUGGGCUCCCUGACACGCUCCUGCCCUCCAGGCUUCGCUUGGUUCAGCUCGUGCAUUAAGUGGGCGGUUUGCGGAGUGUGGGGCCUUUUCCAGGGAAGCCGCCCGAAGUGGCCUGUUUGGAAAAUCCGAGGAAAGCUGCUCACUGUCCAGAGGAGGAAGUAGUGGGGAUGGCCUCAUCCCAGUCACGUCUGUUUCUCACUUCCCUUGGAACCGUGACGUGAAGUCUCAGUACACUUCUCAUUUUGAGGUCGCUUUAUUUUUCUGGAAUCGUCAGGAAAAGGUAGAACAGCACACCAGAUCACAAGCAUGGCGGUGCAGAGGGCUGAGCAGUGUGGGCGGGAACACAGAGCUGGAGUUUGCCGUCCCUGUGUCACUGCACAGAUCCACGGCCGGGAGCCCGUGCCCACCGUGAACUGCGGCCCCGCCUGUGCUCUGCAGGCCUGGGGUCGCAGCGCGCGUGGGUGAUGCGGGGGGCGGCCUCUCUGAGACCUUGCGGCAGGUUCCUUUUUAAGUUGGAGAACUUUGAAAGCACAAUCAACCAGCAGCUUACUGUAGGCAAGGCUGCACGGAAGGGCUAACUGUCAAUGUACUUACGGAUCAAAUUUAUCCAGAUUCAGUACAACUAAAACUUUUGUCCUUUUUCAUCUCAGAGAACUGAGUUCCAAAGCCAGGAGUCUCCUUACUUUCUCUCUCCUCCUCUUUUGGUUUUUGAAAAUUUGUUUAUUUAAAAAUAUGUAGACGCUUCCUGAGUUUGCGUGUCGGCCCUGUGCGGAGGCAGCGAAUCCUCUCGGACCCGUCCUGGCAGCCCAGGUGCUGCCGAAGGGCGCACUCUUGAUUUUGUUAAUCCUGAAAUGUCUUCGUUUUUCUUUCCUCCGGCUGGUAAGUCAUUGCCUGAGUCAGAACCCCGGCUUUUAUUUAUUUUUAGUAGUAAAUCAGCAGACAUACUGUAAGCACCUUUCUGGCUGAUUAGCUCUGAUGAGGGGAAAGUUGAACUUUUUCCAUUGAGGUUAAGUCCUAUUUUAAAAAUACUGCAUUCUCUAUUCGCUUUUUGGUUUAAUAUGUCCAUUUUCCCCCCAUUGUGAUUGUUGCCUUUGUCUUCUAUAAUGAGCAUAGGCAGAUUUUGGAACGAGGCAGAAAAGUAUCUCAAAACACACUUUUCUUCCUGGUUUUGGAUCUAAUUUCUAAAGAAUGCUACUUUAAAUAUUUGUAUACAUCCUUUGAACACCCAGGUACCCAACCGAAAAAGGACAGUUAAUUCCCUGUUUGCUCCACCUUUGGUGGCCACCUGAUGUUGCUCCCACAGUCUCCUGGGAAUUCCAUGGCAGGCUUUGGGUCUGCGCCUUUAUGUAGACAUCAUUAUCUCAUGGCCAAGCCUACGAUAUUCAAAUCACUUUUUACUAGAGAUGUAAAUUGCAGCCUAGUUCAUUGGCUAUACCUUAUUUUAUUCUAAAUAAACGUAAAGGGCAGCAAUUCUGAAUUCUAUACUUGAGACCAUUGAAGCAACUGUUUUAUGAGGUGUACUACGAGUAUACACUGGAAAAUUCAGGUAGUCAUCUUUGAUUUCUUUAUUCGAGUGAAUAUAGCCAUAAGAAAGUAUCUGCUACACAGGAAAGCCGGUAUUAAGCAAAUAAUCACCCCCACCCUUAACAGAAGCAGAUUUUUUAAAUCAGCACGUCACGCAAUACAGUUCUUAGUGAGAUGUAUUGUGGAACAAUCUGAAAACUUCCAGUUCCCCCCCACUGUGUAAGUAUUCCUUUCCCGGCAGGAUUUGUGGUCUUCAGGAAAAUUGCCCAAAAUAUAACGACUCUUCAUCAGUGGCAUAUUACAUAGGAGUAAUGAAACGCAUUAAGAAUAGUCACAACUUGAAUGCUUCUGAACAUGAGAACUGCAGGAUUAAGCCUUAAACAUAUGUGCACAUCAGGUUUAACAUGCUUGGGACGCAGACUCAGGGUUGAAAACUUGAUUGGGUCCUUAAUGAAGAUAAAAGUUGCAAUAGGUGUGUUCUCUCCCACAUACAGCACAGCACCCGGGAUUUUUAAAAAACUGAUUCCUACUUGCUCUCUGUUUAUGGAAAGGGGAACUGUGGAGGAGUUUGAGUUCUCAGCCAUUAUCUGUACUUAAAUCUGUUUUUUAAAGGUAACAGUGGCCACAUCUCAGCAUUACACAGAUACCAAAUGGAGGCUGUUUUUCACUACUUAACUUUAUUGUCUUUAAAGCCUUGUACCAUCGCUAGGGUCAAGACUGACUUGAGGAAAAGUCCCAAGGACUUUCUUGAGUUGAUACUGCUUUUUUUCCAUUUUUUUCUCAUAGAUUUAUCAUUCAAAUAUAAACUCUUUCGUAGCCUAUUGAAGGGCUGCUUGCUGCUUUCUCAUAUUAAGUCAGGUCUGCUCAUACCAAGCUACAUUUUUUAAUUUGGAGGAUAUAAGAUGGACGGUUGGAAGGUAUGUGGCUUCAUUUCCGAUUUGAUUCUCAUUUUUAGCAAGCAGGGGGGUCACCACAUAAAACUUUAUGGUUACAUAUGCUUUUCCAGUCUACCACUUACAUGAACUGUUCUCUAUUAAUGACUGACGUUCCUUAUAAUCUGAUUGUCUUUAGUGUACUAACUGGAGGCAAAAUACUCUGAAGAGAUGCUCGAGAAGUUUGAAUUUUCUACUUCUUAAAUAUUUUUCAGUUUUUAUGUUCGUGAGUGGACAUAUGUGGUUAGUUUAAUUUUUAUUUCACUGGAAGUUUUAAAUUUUGAAGAUCAAGCAGAAAUAGAAAUCCAUUGCAGAUGUGUAUAUAUAUUUACCCCAUCUUGCCGAUUUCCAUUAGUGAAACACAGAUGGUGGUGGGGUUUUAUUGUAAGAAGAAGAAGAAUGAGAGGAAACUAAAGUUAGAGAAACCUUUCUGUUGAGCUACUGUAUAGAAGAGACAGCUUUGAUUACAUUGCUGAUCCACAUGGUGAACAUUUCGAUGCUGUUCUAGACUGUGGGAAGUAUUUAAUGAAAAGGGGGUUAGAUUACAUUGAAGAAUUUUAUCAGCUAUGCACCAUUACAAAAAUAAACUCACUUGGAACUCUUCAGACUGUAAAACCCUUCAGACUGUAAAAUUUACUGAGAGCAAGUAAAUAUUGGGUUUCCAUUUUCCUUUGCCUAAACCAAGAUAAAAAAUUUCCCAAAAGGUCAUUUUUUCAGGAAUGAGAGGUCAUUGGCCAUUAGAGAUAGUGGCAUUAUUAUGCAAUACCAGCGCCUGCCUAACCUGCUUCUGUCAGCGGUAGCGUUUAUAACCGGUACCGAUGACCUUCCAGCCCUGGGCACUACCUCGUUAAAGCAAACCAGGGAUCCUCUCUACACCUUCCAUGGAAGCCAUAAGAGUCGCCAUCAACAUCCCCACUUUCCUACUUCUCUGCUUUUAUAUAAACACUCUAGACUUUGUAUAGACUUUAUGAUGAGAUCUUUUUGUCUCAGUGGAUAGGUUUUGCAAGAUUCAAAAGAAAAACUCCUUGGUUGUCCCAGCUUUGAAGCUUGAGGCUCAGUACAUUUAAAUAAAGAACCAGAUAAUGUACCGUUUAUCAAAUUCUUCAUUUAAGUCAAAACUACUUUGCAGAGUUGCCUAUUCAGAAAGCAAACUUUUCUUUCCCCUAAGUAGACGCUGUACUAUUAUAAGGAGCUACUUACAAAGUGGAUUUCUACCUUGUUACUCUGUGUAUUACUCGGUGAUACAUGUAUUGUCGCAACGUUUCUGGAAUUUUUCUUUCCAUGCGGCAGAUACAUGACUAUACACGUCUCUCUGACCCUCCAUUAUCUGAUCCUCGCACUGUUCCUGAGUGCCUUCAAACAGCCAGCAUCCUGGAACAUUCUUUUCCUGGUUUAACUCCUACCUCUGCUUAUUUCAUUCUCCAGGAGAUUUGACAUUCACCCUGUUCCAGUGGGUUUGGCUCUACAAAACAGCUAACACCGUGGACAAGAAUUUUGAACGUAUUUGUUCUGUUCCCCCACGUCAUGGUUAGAUUGCAUUUUUAACUUUUAUUUAUAUCUUAUUUCUUCACAUACCGCAUCUCUAAUGAUGGAACAUUUUAUCCUUGUCUCUCUUAUUCUUUCUUUCCUUUCACCAGAAACCAGAUGUUCUUUUAAGAGGAAAGGUCACUGAGUAUCUCUUUUGAACAUCUUUUCCUCGUCCUCCUGACGGCCUCCUGUUGCUAAGGGAUCCUGAAUGCUGCUGUGCGAUGCCCUAUUCCCGUGUGCCCUUUCUCUCCCAGAAAUACUUUGCAAGGUUGUACCCAUACUUGUAUUUUAAUCGCAUCAUUUAAAGGUGCUCUGUGGGUUUAUCCUAAGUCCUUGAUGGGCUUUUGCCCUCCCUCUCUCAUCCUCCUCAAUAACGUUCUACUUGUUCUCAUCUAAUUAAUUUUUUAAAUAUGGUUGAUAGAUAAUAUAUGAAGGAUGUCAUAAAAAGGGGGUUGCAGUGUGUUCUCCGUGUGAUAUGAGCACCUUAUUAAUAAAACAUGUGAGCAACUGGCCAAUCUGUCCGUCAGAACUGGAGUCUGUGCAGCCCACGGGGCCCUUGCUCCCUUUCAGUUCUCCCCAAAACUGACAACUCCUUCAAAUGAGGAAAUGGGAGUGAGUUGGUUUUUUUUAAGUGGAUGAAAGCUAGGCAGUUGAGCAGUUGGGCCUUAGUUACGAUCUUUCCUUUUGACGUAAAGCAUCAUGCCUCCUUUCUGCAAAUUAAUGAUGCUCAUGCUCAGUCAGGUUUCCCAGACCGAUGGCCACCUGCAGCGGGACUUGAGGCAGCUGUGAGUGAACAGAGUCCUUUUUGUCCGGCGACUGUAUGUUUUGGUGGGACGGUGCCCAAUGGCGCGAAUUGGUUUGUGUUUGAUAGUGAGUUCAGGUAAGAUAUUGGAAGUCUGCACUGGCUGUUUGGAAGGGGAUGGCGAGUUUACAGAGUGCAAGAGGUCACUUUCUACAGAAACAGGUAGCAAGGGUACCUUGUUGUUUUAAAUUCCUUUCGCUUUAAUUUGCCUUGACAGCCCAUUAUUGAUCUAGAAGUUGGCCUCUCUUUGGUCACAACUGGCUACCUAAAGUAACCACUUUGAAACGUGUGGCUUUUCCCUCCCGAGGCACAGGCAGGACCAGCGGAGAGCCAGGGUGGGCUCGCACGUGCAGGGGCCACAUCCCAGAGACCGUGUUGGCUCGUUUCCCAUCGUCUGUGAUGGGAAACGUCUGGUGCAGGCAGCACGGGGCCCUGGGCCCUGAGACAUGUCCCCGCCGCUCCCAGUUCCAGGCCCCUUUACACAAGUUGGUCUUCCUCUGGUGAGACGGGGGAUGCUGCAGGUUCCUUAGAAACGAUGAGGGGACAUGUGGGGAAUGGGAUGGGGCAGGAAGGGGCAGGAGCUGAGUUUUGCUUCAAGUCAGAAGGAAAUCUGAUACUUGCAUGGUUGGUUUUGAUCAAAGAGCCAUGUCUGUACCGGAUGUGCCAAAAAUCAAGUUGUUUCUUAAUAUCCAGCUUCUCUGAAGGAACCCAGCUUCCCCCCUACCUGUCUUUUACAGGUGAAGGGGACCAUGUGAUCAGAAGGACAGAGAUUCCCACUCAUAACCUGCAGAGGGCAAAGGCUCUGUUUAAUUGCAUUUGCAAGUUGGUGGGAAAUACUCUUAGAAUCUCUAACCCUCCCAGAAAUAUCUGUGCUUAAUUAUUCAACUCGUUAGGCUUUUCAAAAGUAAAAAACAAAAACUAUGUGGCAUAAUUUUGCUGUUUAUUUCUGAAGUUGCACCCCCAAGGAUAUAUAUAUAUGGCCUCUGAAAGCCAGAUGAGUCCUUCAAAUGUGUGUGUUAUUUCUUGACAUGAACUAUGAUUCUUUCAUCAGCAGUACCGGCUUUGUCCACAAGGGGGCAGCAGAGUACUUCAGCUUAUUUAUUCUGAGCCUUCUAAAGAAAGGGCCUGCUUUCAGCUCUCCUGGGAACAUCCUCUCUUGACUCAAUGCUUAUUUAUAGAUCUUGGUUCUUAAGACAUUGUCCCUUAUUACUGCGUCCAGUAGUUGCUCAGCCUUCAUGAUGCAAACAAAGGUUGAGGUGUGGGUCAGAGUUCCUUGCGGGCCAGGCAUCUUCAUUAGCCUUUUAAAAUAACGGUGCCCAAGAUUGAAAGCCAGGGAGACGUGCUCGGGGCUAAAGAAGGAAGGCGACCCUCCUUCUUCCAAAUCCCACCACCAGUGCAGGACCAACACAUCCCUGAGAGGGACAAGAGUGGCGGAGGGAACUCUGGAGUGAGUGAGGAAGUACUUCCCACCUGUUCUGCUCCGAACGGAUGUCUGUCACACCAGGAGCCGCCCCGGGCCAGGGAGGCCCCUGCAGCAGCCACUCCUCCGGUUAGAAUUCAGUGCGUGCUCCCUCUCUGCCACUUGUCUUAGGGCUCCGAACCCUCAUCAGCUCUCCGGCCACGAGUGUCAAUUGUGCUCCUUGCAGCAGCCUCUGCACUGUAAGCAGGUCGGUCAUCAGCGGAGGGGAAACACGAGACCCUGGCCAUUUUCCCUGGAGGGCCAGGAGGCAUCUGCCCCUGGCAUGGCCUUCCUCAGGCAUAGCUGUCUCCUUCCCCCUUCCCUGCCCCUCCCCACCUCCCACCCCCGGCCAGUAGAGGCGUCCACUCGUAACUCCAACACUUGAGGACAAAAAAAAUGAAGCUGAAGCUGUGAUCGGUUUAGAAAACAGGUGGCCAGGUGUAACUUGUUUGUUUUGUGUUUUCCCUGACAGUACUGAAAUCACUUGCACUUUUCCUCACUUCUUAGAGAAAAGAAAAUCCAGUUUGCUUGCCAGAAAUUGUUUAGUGUUGGGUUUACAAAGCUUGUUGUUGAAUGUUGAACAUUUGUCCAAAGGAGUUUGACAAAACAGAAGCUGCUCGGCCCCUGUUCUGCCUGUGAGGUCGUAAGGAUGAAGGCCAUGUGGCCGGGGUACUGUGUCCAGUCCAGAAGGGGGCAGUGUCCCCUCCUACCUCUGCCAAGAUGCCAUUGAAGGUCAAGGUGACUCGUGUAGGGCGGGCACUUCUCAUGCUGCAAAGGAGUUUAGAAGAGUUUCGGUUGGGGAUGUGACAGUAGGUAGGACGGGAUCUCUGAAGACGGGACAGACACGGGGGAGGAGCGCUGGUGGGCCCCAGGGGGCCGCAGGGAGGUGGACAGAGCUCUCCUCCUGAGUCUCCAAACUAGCUUAGCUUCCCGGAGCCAUCUUCUCCCAGCAUCCUGUCGGAUCCCUCAAUGUACUGAUCCCCCCCCCCCCCUUGUGUUAACUAUACCAAUAUUAUUUUUUUUAGCAAUUGAAAUGCACUUUUUUAUUUCAACUCAAUCAUGAUUUUAAGUAUAUAAAAUUUAUAGACUGUUAAAACUACUUUUUGUGUAUUUUAACCACUUGAUGUAGCAUUGUCUAUUUUAUUCUUGUGAGACUCUGGUACAAGGUGUGCCACUUCACAUCUCCGAGAUGCUGGGCCUUUGGAUGUGUACGGGAACCAACCUAAUGCUAAUGUUCAAAGUAAAAAAAAAGUAGCCAUA